ACUCCUGCGUCAUAGAGUGACACCAGAUUGGACACGUAGAACUUAUAGCCCAUUGGUGCUAAUCAAUCGGCAAAACUGUGCACGGGGAAGUGCAUUUUUUAUGCAUCGACAAAGACUGGCGGCACGUGUGUCCACUCUACCUGUAAGGUAUAAAUACCAAACUGCACCGCCUUCAAGUUAUCAAAAGCAGCUGAGCUUGCAGUUCAAAGACUUGAAGAAUUCAACUCAACACUCUCUGUCAACAUGAAGGUUACCGUUGCUCUUCUGGUGCUGGCCGUGGCCAUCGCCGCCGUCAACUGCGCUCCAUCGGAGUGUUGCGGCAAGUACGAGGUCCGUGUCCCGUGCGGAUACGACUGCCCCAAGCCGUGCUCCCACGAGAAGCCCUGUGGCAGAUCGUGCCACUGCCGGUGCAUCGAGGGAUACCACCGCAACGACGAGGGUCGCUGCGUCCCGAACUGUCCGUCCUGUCCGAGAAGCCCGUACCCGUCGGUGGAAUAAAUUUGAACACAAUUUUUUAAGUAACAUUGAAACUUGCCUAGAA